CUCCUGGGAGGUGACGUACCUCUCUUGCGCAUGCGCAGGGAGGGGAGACCUUGGCUAAGCCUACCAGUCGCUCAGCGGAGGUGAAAGCACCGUCGGUAGGGUCAGCACUGAGGGAAGAUGCAGAGCUGGAGUCGUGUGUACUGCUCCUUGGCCAAGAGAGGCCAUUUCAAUCGGAUAUCUCAUGGCUUACAAGGAGUUUCUUCAGUGCCUUUAAGAACUUAUGCAGAUCAACCAAUUGAUGCAGAUGUGACAGUCAUUGGUUCUGGCCCUGGAGGAUAUGUUGCUGCCAUCAAAGCUGCCCAAUUAGGCUUUAAGACAGUCUGCAUUGAGAAGAAUGAAACACUAGGUGGAACAUGUUUGAAUGUGGGUUGUAUUCCUUCAAAGGCUUUACUGAAUAAUUCUCAUUAUUACCAUAUGGCUCAUGGAAAAGAUUUUGCAUCUAGGGGAAUUGAAAUGUCAGAAGUUCGCUUGAAUUUAGAGAAGAUGAUGGAGCAGAAGAGCUCUGCAGUCAAAGCAUUAACAGGAGGAAUUGCCCACUUAUUCAAACAAAAUAAGGUUGUUCACGUCAAUGGAUAUGGAAAAAUAACUGGCAAAAAUCAGGUCACAGCUACAAAAGCCGAUGGCAGCACUCAGGUUAUUGGUACAAAAAACAUCCUGAUAGCUACGGGUUCAGAAGUUACUCCUUUUCCUGGAAUCACGAUUGAUGAAGAUACUAUAGUGUCAUCUACAGGAGCUUUAUCCUUAAAAAAAGUUCCAGAGAAAUUGGUUGUUAUUGGUGCAGGAGUAAUUGGUGUAGAAUUGGGUUCAGUUUGGCAAAGACUUGGUGCAGAUGUGACAGCAGUUGAAUUUUUGGGUCACGUGGGUGGAAUUGGAAUUGAUAUGGAGAUAUCUAAAAAUUUUCAACGCAUACUUCAAAAGCAAGGGUUUAAAUUUAAACUGAAUACAAAAGUUACUGGUGCCACCAAGAAGUCAGAUGGAAAAAUUGAUGUGUCUGUUGAAGCUGCUUCUGGUGGUAAAGCUGAAGUUAUCACUUGUGAUGUACUCUUGGUUUGCAUCGGUCGACGGCCCUUUACUCAGAAUUUGGGACUAGAGGAACUUGGAAUUGAACUAGAUCCCAGAGGUAGAAUUCCAGUCAAUACCAGAUUCCAAACUAAAAUUCCAAAUAUUUAUGCUAUUGGGGAUGUGGUUGCUGGUCCAAUGUUGGCUCACAAAGCAGAAGAUGAAGGCAUCAUUUGUGUUGAAGGAAUGGCUGGCGGUGCUGUGCACAUUGACUAUAAUUGUGUGCCAUCAGUGAUUUACACACACCCUGAGGUUGCUUGGGUUGGCAAAUCAGAAGAGCAAUUGAAAGAAGAGGGUAUUGAGUACAAAAUUGGUAAAUUCCCAUUUGCUGCAAACAGUAGAGCCAAAACAAAUGCUGACACAGAUGGCAUGGUGAAGAUUCUUGGACAGAAAUCAACAGAUAGAAUACUGGGAGCACAUAUUCUGGGACCAGGUGCUGGAGAAAUGGUGAAUGAAGCUGCCCUGGCUCUGGAAUACGGAGCUUCCUGUGAAGAUAUAGCUCGAGUCUGCCACGCACAUCCGACCUUAUCAGAGGCUUUUAGAGAAGCAAACCUGGCUGCAUCUUUUGGCAAACCAAUCAACUUUUAAUUAGAAGAUUGUUUUUCCUAAAAUCUGGAAGCUUUUGUCAAGGUUACAUUUUUGAACAGGAUAAUCUCCCAGUUCAAGAAUUUUGUAGGAUGGAUGAAAUUAUGAAACUUCUGGAAGGUAUUUAGUAGGUUUAAAUAGAAUGGUAUAACCUUGUACCUGUAUUUGUUUUGUUCCAAUGCAUUAAUGUGGACAGAAAGCUACAUAUAGUAGCAUCCUGGAAAGUUUUAGACCUGUGUUUUCAUGCUGUCUGUGAAAUUCGACUUCACUGUAUUGGUAUUAAUGGAUUUUAUCUCUAAUUCAGUGGAGGUGAAUUUGUUCACAAGGAAGGAGCUGGAGAAUUCAUGUGAACAUCUUGAAGAAAACUGACGAAGUUAAAUUUGGUUUUCAUAUUGGAAACGAGUCAGUGACUAGAACAAGAUUCAAAUAUGUACAAACAACUUAUGUAAAUAAAGUGAUUGUCUCUCAUUUUAUUUAACUCCCAAAUUCUUGGCAGUUUAGAAGUAGAAUUACGUAUUUAAACAUUGAGGUUGUAGUAAGGUCUGUAAGUCUAAAGGGCAUUCAGUUGCUCAAAUGGAAGAUUCUGUCUACAAAACUAUUAAAUGGAGACUCACGAUUAUACCAGGGAAUGAAGAUACCAAAAUAAACAUGUCUUAAAUAUUUA